AUGUCGCUUGUAUCGCGACACAUCACAGCCCCCAUCACCGCACUCGCAACCUUGGCGACGGUUCCCCAUCCGACUCUGCUCGCCGGCAGCCACACCGACUUGCUCGUCAACCUCUUGGGACCUCGAGCUUCUUCCAGCUCGGACUAUAGAUGCUGCGUACUCCAGAGGGACAGGAUACACCAUAUUGUUGUCAAGGAAGCAUCUGAUGAGUCGUAUACAUGGCACGUGCUCGUGGCCGGCGGUAAAGAGGCGGCUUGGGUCUCGAUCGUCGUUACGCCCCCGUCUUGCGAAGCCUUCGCCCGAGAUGGGGAGGGGUCAGUCCUGGCCGGAUGAGGAGCGGGUUGGCGUACACGAGCUCACCUCUUGAGGGAAAACUACGCACAGAUUGAAUUCACGACAAGCGAUUCAAGUGAAUGUCAGACACCACUUCAAGCUUGAUGACUGGAUCCUCAGCUGCGCUUUCCUCCGGGUACGUCCUCGACCCCCUUACCCCACACCCCCUAACUGCUUCCGCCCCAAGCUCACCUUUACCAGUUCUCGCCACAGGGCGAUCACGUUCUCUUUGUGACGGCGCACAAUUCACUUCAAGUAUUCUCGGUUCCCACAUCUACCCAGAGUGCAUCGACAUCCGUUGCUGUUCCUCCACCCCAUCGACUCCGAACCUAUCACGCCCCACUUCGACCUCUGCUCUGGUCCUCGGACUUGUCCCGCUCGACCUAUACCUCCUUGACCGACAUACGAAUAGCGAGUGGUAGUAUUCUGGGUGAUGUCUUGGUGUGGGGGUUGAAAGGUGUGGUCGUUGACGACGACGCAUCCCAGGGACAAGAGGUCACACUGGAGAAUGCAGCGAUCAAGAAAUUCGUCGGACACCAGGUUCGUGCGCGUUCGUAUCAGAGUAUGCCCCUCACGGUGCGCCCGGUCGUUGAUGGCUUCAUCUCGUCAUCUCGUUUCCAUCAGGGCUCCAUCUUUACCAUCGCCUUUUCACCAUCGGGUCGAUACCUCCUCACCGGUUCCGACGAUCGAACAUUGCGCAUAUGGGAUGCCGAAGCACCUGAAGCAAGUCGGCCCUUACAGGUCCUCUGGGGUCAUCUAGGUCGGGUAUGGAGGGCCCGAUGGAUCGAAGAGCACACCCUUAUGAGCGUCGCCGAAGUGGGUCGGGAUGCCGUCUAUCACUCGUGGGGGCGUGGUCAUCGAUCAGAGCUGAUAUGGCGGCGACAUUCUUGUUCAUAGGACGCUUCGGUUAGAGUAUGGUCUCUUGAUUAUGUCAAGAGGACGUAUAGAUGUAGACAGGUUCAUUCGGAGGGUCAUGAUGGACGUAGCUUGUGGGCCGUCACGAAUUGUACGAUCGAGCCGGUGGGGGAGGAUCUUGGUGCGACUGUCGUCUUUUCGGGAGGAGCGGAUGGCGCUGUCAGGUGUUGGCCCGUUGCUCGGGACGAAGAGGGGGAGAAGAGGAAGGAAAAGGGUGAGCUUCGGGAGUUUGGUGUCAACAAUUUGGGAGGAAAGGAACUCAAGUUUGGCCAUCCGAGCAGAACUCGAGUUCGAAUCUGUAAAAGGGGUGAUCAAGGCUUUCUCUGGCGUCGUGUCGGAGGAGCUCGGUUGUGUGGGGGUGUUCUUUACGGGAGACGGGCGAGUCCGUGUUCUCCCAUGAUCAAUUCGAGAUCGACUGACGCUUUGUGACCAUCUGCCUCCAGGUUGGUCUACUCGACAACGCUGCCUCCUUCCUCGCCUCCACAGCUCAUCCACACCGAGGCGUCGAUCGCCUCAAUUCGGAUCACCUCUUCUUCGACCUCCACGAACGUGUGGAUAUUUUCCAACUCUAGUAAAUGUACCAUCAUCACCCUCUCCCAUGAAUUGACGCCGAUCGCCUGCGUGACUUUCCCUCUUCACCCGCCUACGUUCCUUCACCUCUCGUCGACCUCACCGUCGAAGUUCGUCGUGGCUGAGCAAGUCUCCAACACGAUUCAAAUCUGGUCCCUCGACAACUCGAAAACCCCACAACAGCUCUCAACGAUACCUACUAUUCUUAUUCAGGGUAACUCGAUCGGAUCCGCGAGAUCAAGGAUCGCUUCCGCCGCUUUCAUGUCGGAGGAUCUCAUCGUCCUCGGCACGAGGGCCGGUGAGCUCGUCCUCGUUCGAAUGAAGGAAGGCGAAGAAGGUCAAAUCCUGUUUCGGAAUCAACUCCACUCGGAUGCUAUCAACGGAAUCAAACUCAUUCGCCUCGAAGGGAGUGACGAAUGGGACGUCGAGACCGUUUCGAGGAGUGGUUCCAGGAGCUUGCAUCGGUUGGUCCUGGGCGGUGGGACGGGGGGGUGGAAUAUACUCGCUCUGAGUGAAACGAUGAUCGUCAAGGGUGCGGUGGAUGGGAUCUUGGAAAAGGGCAAGUAUUUGACGGUCGUGAAGAAUGAUGUCGUUAUCGUGGAUGUGAAUGGGUCCAAGGUAAGUAGAAGAGGACUUUGCGUAGUGUGGACGGACUGCUGACCCGCUAUCUUCGUGCUUGUGCAGCUCGAGACAUUCCUGGCUACGAGGAGUAGGAGUAGUGGGACGCUUUUGAACUAUGCGGGACAAUCGAGUUACUACCGAAUAGAUCGAGGAAAGGUGAGGUCGGAAGACAUCGUCACCUUGAUUUCCGCCCCCGGUGGCUAAUGGUUGGACCCAAUUUUCACAGAUCUUUUACCAAAACUCACCUCGCAAAUCCUCUCGAUUACCACCGCCUAUCGUCCUUCGAGGGCAUCACGGACGUGAGAUCCGUUCGGUCGCUUCUUACCACCCUCCAAACCAGCAAGACAUGACCUUACUCGCCACAGGAGCCGAAAACUCGACGUUGACUCUUUCAGUCCUCACGACCGAUCCGAAAGGGAAUCGUUCCAUCUCCCCCAUCUUCACCGAUACGUCUCUCCCUACGUCCGUCAAAACAGUUACCUUCCUCCCCACUUCCGAAGGCGAGCUUUUCCUCCUCGCUAGUGGUUCACAAGAACUUUUGAGGGCUUGGAAGAUCAGCUUUGAAGGGAGGGGAGGGGAGGAAGUGAGGGUCUUGGCGUGGGGUGAGGCGGAGGUUGAGGGGGGUGAGGAUCAGAGUGAGACGAGGAUCAUGGAUCAUUGUUGGGUUGCGGUUGGACGGGAGAAGGUGGUCUUUGCUGUGAUUGGUGGUUAUUCGGAUGGGUCGCUAAAGGUACUUUACGUUGCGGUGAAGGUGGGUCUAAGGGUUAGAUAAGGACAGGGAAGCUGACGUAUGGCGCGGCUAUUUCGAUCAGGUCCAUCACUUUGAUACUCGAACGAAACGCUUCGCGAAGAUUUGCGAGAGCUGGGAGAAGGGCAAAUGCGUAUUGACGACCAAGAUAGUUGAGGUGGACGGCAAGCAACUGCUUUUCACGGGACGAUCGGACGGGCUGUGAGUUUACCACCUUGAGAACUCACGUCGGGAGGAGACGAUGAAAGACUCAGUGCUGAUCCGCGUCUUGUGUUUACCAGAUUGUCCGUAUGGGAUAUUGCUCGAUCGAUCGCAGGGUGAGUGGAGGUCGCUAGACCUGAUCCACAUCGCAGGAAACUGAUACAGACAGUCUUGGUGUCUGAUAGGGAUGCAUCAGGCCGAGGAUCAGUGCUCGAAUCGCCCCUCUACUCGUUCCACGCCCAUCAGUCAGGAAUUAACGGACUUGAUACCUCAUACGAUGGUAAGUCUUACCGCGAUGCGAUUGGGAAACCUUGUUUGUGCGCUUGCGCUUACCGAAAGAGCCUCUGGUGAUCCAGCCGAAUCGCGGACGAUUCGCGUCGCCACGGGUGGAGACGACAAUGCUGUGCAUGUACAUCUUUUCGAGGUCUCCGCGGAGGGUCAAACCUCCCACCGAUCGGAGGACAGAAUCUCGAAAGAAGAUGCUCAUGCUUCGACUAUUCAAGGUACGCCCGAUCCCACCAUUUGUUCAUGGAGACAACACCCGACUUGACUAACCGAAAUUGAAACAUUCAUACUCAGGCAUCUGCUUCCUUUCGCCUACGCUCUUGGCGUCGUCUGCUGUUGAUCAACGACUCAAUAUAUGGGAGAUAUCAACGGACAAAUUGCGCUUCCAAAGCGGACUCUGCUUGGGUAUCUCGGACUGCUCGACGAUGGAUGUUCGGCGGGUGAAGGGUCCGAGCGCCAUCACCACUAGGGAGGAAGCUUGGGAAAUCGUUCUGGCGGGUAUCGGUAUCGAAGUUGUAGAAUAUACCCCAUGA